UGACUUGUCCCCCCUCCUCAGACAGACAGACAGAAUGUUCACCUCUUCGUCCAGAAACUCUCUGCUCUCGUCCUGGUCGUCCAUGGAGCACUCAGACUCUGACGUGUUGGACAUCAGCACCAAGGUGCAGCUGCACGGCGUGCUGUGGAAGAGGCCCAUUGGACGCCCGUCAGCCAAGUGGUCACGCAGGUUCUUCAUCAUCAAAGACAGUUUCUUGCUGUACUAUGCAGACAGCGAGCGGAGGAACUUUGAGACCAACAGGUACUUCAACAUCCACCCAAAGGGAGUCAUUCCUUUGGGAGGGUGUGUGGUGACAACCAGCGAGGACAUGGGGAUGCCUUUUGCCAUCGCCAUCAACCUGGAAGAUUUUACUGGUACCAUCGUGUUGGCUGCUGAGUCUGAGGACGAGCAGGUCCAGUGGAUGGAGAUGCUGCAGGAGUCUGGGAAAGUCACGUGGAAGAAUGCCCAGCUGGGGGAGGCCAUGAUUGAGAGCCUAGAGGCUCAGGGGCUGCAGCUGGCCAAGGAGAAGCAGGAGUACCUCGAUAAGCUGAUGGAGGAGACUGAGGAGCUCAGCCAUCAGAGAGCGCAGACAGAAGAGCUGGAGCGUCUGAACCAGAUUUUGGAGGAGGAGAAGGUCAAAUUUGAGGAGGUGGUGCUGGAGCUGAAAGCAGAGCAGGAGCAAAUCAAACUAGACCUGGAGGGCACGGCGCAGUCGCUGAGCGGUGUGGAGACAGAGAAGGAGCAGCUGAGCAGCCUGACUGUCCUCCUGCAGAAGUCCAUCGAGGAAUUGUCUCAGGAGAAGCAGCGAACCCUGCAGCUGCUCCGGGUGAAGGAGCAGAAUGAGGAUCAGAAGAAGGAGGAGCAGGAGAGCGCAGUGUCAGCAUGCAAGCUGCCCGAGAACGCUGCAGGGAAUUUGGUGGAGGUGGAUCUCUUGCAGGAUCUGCACCACAUUGAAGAGCACAUGAAGCUCCUGCUGACAGAGAAGGAGCAGGCUGAGGACAAGCUGAGGGAGAACGAGCAGCGUGCUAAAGUGCUCCAGCAGGAGAGCAACUAUUACUCGCUGCAGGCGCAGACGCUGCAGCAAUCGCUGUCUCAGCUCACCGUGGACAAGCAGCAGACCGAGUCUGAGCUCAAGGCAGAGAUUGAAUCUCGGCUGGAGCUGGAGAAGAGGCUGAAGCAGGCUGAGGAGGCUCUGCAGGAUCUGGAGAAAGGUCUGAACACAAUGGAGCGCACCAAGGAGAGAGACGAGAGGAUGAAGGGCGACGUCGGGCAGCUGAAGCAAUUCUUUGAGGAGUGCAUCUGUGCAGCAGAGAUUGACGCGAAGCUUCCUGCUAUAAUGAAGAAUGCUGUGUAUCUGCACAAAGCUGCUGCACGCAGAAUCAAGAGCUGCAGAAUCCAGAGGAGAGCCUCCAGACGCCACUGGUUGAAACAAUCCAAAUCGUUUGCUGAGUCCCACACAGAUGGCGGCAGCAUGGAGGAGCUGAGAGCGACGGCCCGGCGUCUGACCUCUGACACCAGCUUCAGAGAGAGCGCGUACAAGAUCAUGACUCGGAAGGACUCCGCCAGCAACACAGAGGAAUGAGUGACGUGGUGACAGCGUGGCCAUCCGAAAGUGGAGAACUUCUUUGUGUGUGUUUUUUGAGUAAUGGAAUGCCCACCCAAAACAUCCCACUAAUAACAUAAACAAGUUCACACAAUGUAUCCGCUGGCAUUUUUAGUUUCAAGCAAAAGCUACAAAACAAUCAUAUUAAACAUUUUACAUUAUAUUAAAAGAUCAUAAGUUUGGACACGGGUUUGAAUGUAUUUUGAUUCUAUAUCUGAAUGUGUUUCAUAGUGACU